AUGUCGAAUCGUCUCGAGAGAGAAGCUGAAGACCGUUACGAGGCCCAGAACGACCCCUCCCCAGUCUCCGGCAGGGUCUCCGACAACACUUAUGCCCAUGAGACCCGCUCUGGCCUGCGCGACUACAUUCCAGUGCAGGGGGAUAACCAGUCGUUUGAGGAUCCCAUCCAGCCUCCGUACUCCAACACCGACCAGCAGCUAGCGGAGGACGAAGAGGAGGCUAUUGAUAAGUCUAAUAUCCUCGGUGGUGACCGUUUGCGCCACGCCAAGCCCCAGAGUCGCACCAAGUACAGUGAAGGUCCCGGCGAAAACGAUAUCCCCGAAGUUUGA